AUGCUCCUUAUGGAUGAAACAACUAGCCACGUCGACAAGUGGACUGACGAGAUUAUGCAACACGCCCUAGGCGACUUUCACAACACGACAAUUAUCAGUAUUGCGCACCAGCUCCAUCCAGUCUUGGACUCCGAUAGGAUAGCUGUUGUCGAUAACGGACGUUGUGCCUCUCAAGAGAAAUUCUGGACACCGCUACUAUGA